AUGGCGUCUGGAGCUCGAUUCUCGCGGCUGUUUGAUGAAUGGGACCACGAUGCAGACAUUACUAUGGUGGAGUUGGGGGAGAACGAGCCCCACGAACCCCCAGAACCGCAGCGCGCACAUCACUCUCCAACAAACAGCUCGGAUGGUCUUGAGAGAUUUGAGACGACUGGUACGGAUAGAGACUCGAAUGAUCUUUCGCGACGGCGGACGCUGCCUUCAUUUGACGACACAUCGACGAGAUCUCUGCUCCAUAGGGAAAGCUUGAGUGUUGCCAAAGCGGCGUAUUCUGAUGACAGGAAGAGCUCGCAGAGUUACCUGAGUGUAUCUGGGGAAACUCGUCAACGGACUGGCAUUAGAGACAAUAUCCAACAGCUAUGGCACAAAAAAUCAGUUUUAUCGGCGCGAUCGGCCUCGACUUUCGACGGCAACUUUGCACAUGGGAAACCUGGGCUAUGGUACAAACAGAUGCUGGCUGACCGCAGUCUGCGGAGCAUGGCAGCGUUUACGGCUGUGUGCGCAGUGAUCAUGUUGAUUAUAACACUGAGUUAUAUUGGCGAUUUUGCGAAUAGGAUCAAUUUGAAAACUACGUCUGUGGGAGGAAAAGAUGGGGAAAGCUGCGGGUCAAUGGAGCAAAAGAAUGUGGCUGUUCAUCUUUUUAUUAACAUAGCAGCUACAAUGAUCUUGGGUUGCUCGAAUACCUACCAGCAGCUUGUCACUUCACUGAAAGUGGAUGAGAUUAGAUGGGUGCUCUCUAAACGGGGGGACUCGAAAGUUGGAACAAAUAGUCCUUGGGCUAUUAACCACAAGCGCGAAGGGAAAACCAAGGCGUGGUUAGCAUGGCUAUUACUUAUUGGCACUUCUCUCCCCGUCCAUUUUCUUGCCAACUCUGUUAUUGGACCUUCGUUUUACAUUCACAUGCCAACCAAUAUCACAUACACGUUCGACAACAAUACAAAGGGGGGAUACUAUUCCGAUCCCGAUACAGGGUGCUGGACUGCACUCAGAGCCAACGCAUACAUACUACCAAAACAGAUGACUCAACUCAAUCAAGACUAUAAUGCUGAGGAGCUCGGAAAUUCGACUACAUAUCGGAGUGUCAAUGUUAAAUACGCGGCAGUAUGUGAACCGUUGAAGGGAACAGCCGAUAUUGAGACGGCGUUGAAAGAAGCGGUUGUAUCGCAAGGGCGGUUAGAAAAGUAUGCGAACGGCAACUGCUCAAGUCAAAGCGUCAUAUGCCUUCUCAGCGAUCCCAUGCCAAAGCAAUGUCGGAUGAAUGUGCGCAUGCAAGCUUCAUUCAUUUUGACGGGCUGCCUUUUCAUCAAAGCCAUCUACAUGAUAGUUCUCAAUGUUCGAGCUCGACAUCGAACCAAGCAUAAUUGUCUCACGUACGGAGAUGUCAUCGUUGCAUCGGUACUUGAUCCAAGUCUCAAAAUCAAAAACGAGUGUAUGCUCAAUUCGGGAGAUGGUUGGCGUGAGAAAGUCGAACAUACAUGCCACAAGCAUUGCAAAGACCCUGUGCGUUCCAUGACGGGUGACAAUAUUGGUCAUUGCCAGAAAUGCAAAAAGUUCAACAAGAGCGACAAAGCAGCAGAUCUUCCGCAUCCUAGCAUAGCGAUCAAGUACAAACGAUCUCUUCUCUCCAACCUAGGAUCUACAGCUAUAGUUCAGAUGAUCAUUCUCAUGUUUAUCUCUGUCAUCAUGAUAUCAGUCUCCAUCAUGAUCGCCGUUUCUAUGUCCGGACUUACCUCGGACUACCAUCAUUAUUGCCCAACUAGGGCUGAUACAAUAUACAGCGACUACGAUUGCACUGUUCCUGUUUCGUGGUAUUUGAAAGACAGAUUCGGUACAUGGGGUGGCUUUAGCUCGAGUGCUUCCCUAGGCGCCCUCCCUUCUGACAGCCUCUCCAGCGAGUUCAUCGCUUUCGCCGUGUCUAACGGAGCGCAAUUCUUAUAUAGCUUGCUGUAUCUUCUCCUAAUAUAUAAUCUCAGUCUCAUCAGCAUGGAGAACGAAUGGGGCGCCUGGGAGGAGAAGCGCAGGAGACCCAGGUGUACACUGGUGCGUGGAAAGCAAUUCGAGCAGUCUUACUUCCUGCAACUGCCCAGCAAAGUACUUCUCCCACUCAUGGCGUAUGCGGCGUUGAUGCACUGGCUUCUCGGGCAAGCUAUUUCGACAACUGAGACAAUAUUUACGGAUCCGGAGCAUAAGAUUGAGCAUUCUACAUAUUUUGUGACCUACGCCGCCUACCCAAUUUUUAUAUCCACCAUCCUCAUGAUAGCAAUGACCGCAGUCUGCUGGUGGGCGUUUACAUUUACGCGAGAGGGCUUCAUCCCACAAAUGUACGGCUCGAUCCGCGCAUGCUGCGCCUCAACCGCCGAGCUUGAAGACUUCGCUUAUGAGGGAAUACAAUGGGGCGAUUUGGGCAUGGGCGAGAAGUUCCGACAUGCGGGGUUUACGAGCGAUGAGCCGUCGAAGAUUUUGCCUGCUGAGUUGUAUGCGGGGAGAGAAAAGAUGGAGUGA